CGUCACAUUUCGUAACGAGUGGUCAAUCACAGCAGACAAAUCGUUCGAUUGUAAGGAGAGAGAGAAGAAGGAAUGUGUCUGUGUGUCAGCUGUGAUCUUGCACUUAUCCAUACACGUCCCUUUAUCAAUAUUACAGCGAACGUCAGAAAUAGUUAGAAAAAAUAUAUGUUCAUUCUUCUGCAACACCUUGGUAUUAUAACGCCGCAAAGUUGAGUAGCAGCAGUUUGUUUAUCUGUCUACUGAGUCGGUUAUAUUUCACUGUUUAUCUAUUCACUAAUUAUCUGUCUAAUCAUAUGUUUAUAUAUAUACAUACUAUAUAUUGGCGAUUAUAUUUCUUAUAUAUGUAUCAGCCGACUCAUUUGGCCGUCUCUCUAACUUUAUCAAGAGAAACAGUAGAAUCCUCGGAAGCCAAUAAUAAACACUUCUUUUGGUUAUUACUGUUACCUACAGUCAUGAUUAAUUCUGAAUCAGAAGAUACGGACUUGGUAUUUUAUGAUGAAAAUCUCUGUGGAUUGGACCCCUUGUUUCAUGUACAUUGCAAACUGUUCAUUGUUGAUGUCCUGAAUCUUUCACCUUACCCAACACUUCCAGGAGCUUAUUGUUAUAAAAACCAUCCUAUAUUCAAAGUUGAUAUCAUGGGAAUAAUUGCAAGUUGCCAAGAAAAACAAAAAAACUUUAUACUCGGAGUUGAUGAUGGUACUGGUAUAAUAUCUUGCUGUGUUUGGAAGGAAAAAGUGGAAACUGGAGACAAUGACUUCAGGAGUUUUCUUCCAGAAAGUUUACGCUUGAAAACACAUACGUUGCAUCCAGAGUUUAGUCUUGGAGAAAUGGUUCACAUUCGAGGAAAAAUAAAGUCUUACAAAGGUGUCAAUGAAAUAAUGAUAAACUACAUCACAGCACCAGUAUCCAGUGUUUCUGCUGAACUCACUCAUAUGUUACAGAGUCCAUAUUUGUACAAGACUGUCUACGACCAAACAUUAGUAUUGGCAUCUGAAGUUCAGAAGUUGCAGCUGGAAGCAAAUGAGAUAAGAACCGGAUUGAAACCAUUGGAGAAUGUUAUGAGAGAACUACUGGCCAAGAUAACAGUGUUUAAUAUUGAAACUAUCAAAGAACAUGACAUUAUGCACAGAAUCCAAGAUAGUCUUGGUGUUCAUGAGUCCUUGGAAUACGUGGAGAGUAUGUUGAACAAAGUCUUAAAACAAAUGGAACACCAAGGCUUAAUAUGUUCUCGUUCUGAUCUUGGAAAUUCAACAUAUGAGUCAUUAUUGAACCCCAAAGCUGAUCUGAAAUUAUUAAUUAUGGAUAUUAUCAAGAAAGAAGUAUAUAAUGGCAAUGAGUAUGGGUGUUCAUUGAUGACUCUGAGAAGUUCCCUGGAGAAGACAAGUCAGUAUACUGACAUAUCAGAUGUCGCUGUUAACUGGUGUCUUGACCAACUGGAAACCAGUAGCAGCAUUAUUAAAAUCACAAACACUUGUUUUAUGCCCUCUUAACAUUUUCAUAGAAUUAUAAGUCAUUAAAGUUAUUAUGUAUGUUUUAAUAAAAAUGAUCAUUUU